UCUUCAUCAAGUCUUCUAUAUAAGGCGGCAUCGCUGCGGUUGUGAUUAGUGACACUGAGGCAUUGUGAUCUGUGGAUCCGGCGAAACAAAUAAGAGCAGACGCCUCAUGCGCAUAAUGCAUCCAUAAAUCAGCGAGUGUUUUCAUUCACUCUGAGGAAAGGAAAGUAGCCUACUAACGUUCAUUCGCUUUCCUCUGGCACGACGGUUCCGAACGGUUGCCUGCGCUUCACAUUAAGAAAAUGAUCGCACGAGGAUGCGCUGGUCUCGUGGUGCUGGUGAAUUUUGUCUUCUCGGUGCCUGUCUCCCCAGGUCACAUGGAUGAUAAGGAUGUGAAGGUGAUGAAAUGUAUUGUGGAAGUAAUUGCGGAUACUCUGUCCAAGCCUCAUCCCAUCCCAGCGUCCCAGGACUGCCUUGACAUUCUCGGCUCUGAUGACAGGCUUGUGAGCAUCCUGCGCCACCAAAACUUUCUCAGAGAGAUGCAAGAUAUCGCUGUGGAGGGAGCCAGUGAGAGAGCACAGAGACACCCAGGAGACACACCUAAUCAUGUGACCAGCCUCCCGAAAGACAUGAAGAAAACUGCAGACGACCAGUCAAUGUUGGUUGGCUUGGAGAAACCAAAGGAAUUUGCAGAGAAGAGAGUAGCAGGAGAGGAGAGCUCCCAGGACAGUGAGGAGACAGAGCAGGAGUCUAAAAAACAGAACCAUAUUGCUGAGGAAGAGGAGCGUGAAGAAGACGAGAGUCCUAGCAAUCACAUCUCCAACUCUAUAAACCCAGAGAAGAAAAGAGAGUCACAGGAGGAGGCGGCAAUAAGGGAUGAGGAGAAACAGGAGGAGAAGAAACUCUCCAGCUUGGAAAAGGAAGAGGAAAAUUAUCCGCCUCACCAUAAAGAGGGGGAAACAGCCACAGAUAAUCUCGAAGCAAAUCCUGAUGUUAAACAAUCCAUCAUGGAGGACAGAGAGGAGCACAAGGAAGCUGAAACAGAGAGAACACAUUCAAAAGAAGAGGAGGAGAAGAAGAGCGAGGUUGGAGUAAAGCGUCGCGUGAGCAAACUGUCCCACAAGAGAGUGGAGACCAGCCCAAAACUGGAUGAACACUGGGAAGUGCCACACCACUCUAAGGAGAGUGAAGAUUUGUGGAGGAGCCCAGAGGAGCAGGAGCUGCAGCUCAUGGCACGAACUGAACCACAGGACAAAAGAGAUGAAGAGGGCAGCGGCAGCAGGAAGACAGGGGAUGCGGAGAUCGAGAGUCUGGCUGCCAUCGAGUCUGAACUAGAAAGUGUGGCUCAGAAACUUCAUGAUCUGAGACGAGUCUGAGCCGCUCCAGCUCUCCUUCUCUUUCCACUCUGCCCUUCAUCUCUACUUCAGUAGAAAGGCA